CACAAGAACAAGCGAAGUGUCGUAACAUAUAUUGCGGAAGAGCUUAGUCAUCAGGUUGAAUUUGUGUAAAACUUGAAUCUUUAGGCAUCGGUGACGUUGUUCGUUAUUUGGUUAGAAUUAACUUAUAGAAAUGCAGAACGACGUGUAUCCUCCUUUAGAGGAGAAACUCGAAAAUGGCAAAGGUGACGCUCCCGAUGAGUCGAAGCUUGAACAAGAACAGGAUCAGUCUACAGUAAAAUUCCUGCCAAAUGGCGAUCAGGAAGGGGACGUAAAAAUCGAGGUCGGUCACGAUGAGGUUGCCAUGGGGAUGGGUAAGGAGGAGCUGAUGAAGUAUGCGGAUGAUCCAUUCUGGGUUCGCAUCCGCUGGAUACUGCUCAUCAUCUUCGGCCUGGCCUGGCUGGGGAUGCUGGCUGGAGCCAUCGCUAUUGUUGUAACUGCGCCGGGCUGCCCGGCUAUCCCUGCCGACAACUGGUUCAAUGAGGGAGUGACCUACAUGGUCCAUCCCCGGUCUUUCCAGGAUAGUGAUGGGGAUGGAAACGGAGAUCUCAAGGGAAUUGAGUCAAGGUUAGACUACCUGAACGAUCUGAAAGUGAAUGCACUCUGGAUUCUCUCUCCUUACGCCUUUGGUGAGAAUGACUUCGGCUACCAUGUCAUGAACCAUACAAGUAUCGCACCGAUGUAUGGAACAAUGACAGAGUUUGGCAGCCUUGUAACCGCCCUCCACGCUAAAGAUAUCAAGAUCAUACUCGACUUCAUUCCGAACUACACGAGCAAUGAGCACAUGUGGUUCGUUGAGUCUCGCCAGGGCACAGCACCCUACAAGGACUUUUAUGUUUGGGCGGACGGAGCCAACACCACUACGUCUGGUGGUGGCGUGCAACCACCAAAUAAUUGGUUGAAUCGACACGGCACGUCAGCAUGGACCUGGGACGCAGUGAGGGGCCAGUUCUAUUACCACUCUGGUCCCAAGCAGCAGCCGGAGCUCAACCUUAGAGACGAUGCCGUGAAAAAGGAGCUAAAGGACGUGCUCACCUUCUGGCUGAAAAAGGGCGUUGAUGGCUUCGUUAUGAGGGAUACUGCAUUCCUAAUUGAGAGCGAGGAUAUCGGGAGUGACGAAAGUGCACAGGCUGCCAACCUCACUGAUGAUACAUUGUUGACUUCUGACAUUGUGAAGAGGGAGGCAAUGUUGAGUAGCAAUGAGUUUCAUUCAGAGGGUAAAGCGGACUAUGACUCGAUGGACCAUGCGCUCACCAAGUACCAGAACGGAAGCUACGAGCUGGUCAGCGAAUGGAAGAGCGUCAUUGAGGACUUUGUCACUGCCUCCGGUCGCAGGUUCUUGAUAACAGACUGUGGUGGUGAUCGUCAAGCCAACCUGAAGUUCCUCAACUAUGGAUCUGACAGCGUGCUGAACAUGGGCUGGGUUGGGCGUCUUGACUCGAGCUGCGAUGCUGAGUGUGUUCGUGGUCACAUCAAAUCAUCGACUGAUAACAGCACUGGUCUAGCUACCUGGCAGCUAGGAGAUGACUCUCACUCUCGCAUUGCAUCCCUGAGGGGCAGUGACUACACCAACGUUCUGAACAUGAUGACCACACUGCUACCUGGUGGUCGCAUCCUGUACUAUGGUGAGGAGAUAGGACUGCUCAAUAGCGCAGUGCCAUCCUUUGAGGAAACCAAGGAUGCUUACGCUCUCAGCGUUGGAAAGACGAACUACGAUUCGGUGACCCGUGACCCAUACAGGGGCCCGAUGGUUUGGUCCAGUGCAGCCGGUGGUAAUUUCACUAGCUCUGACGAGCCAUGGCUUCCACUGGGGGAUCUGGAUGUCAACGUGGAGGACCAGCGUAAGGCGAACACGUCCAGUCUCGCUGUCUACAUGCGUCUGGGGAAGCUGCGAGGCGAGCCGGCAUUCGUCGAGGGUGAGAUGACGUUGAUCGACGGGUCCGGUGCCAACCUGAUUGCUUUCCGGCGCCGCGUUGUCAAGAAGGAGGAUGAGGAGGAGGACGAGGAGGAGGAUCGUCCUGCGGCGUAUCUCGUUGUCCUCAACUUUGGUGACGCCGCUGACCGCUUCACGCUGCCCGCCUUUGUGAGGGGCGACUACCCGGCCACAGGCACCGUCGUCGUCAACACGGAGAAGGCAGCCACCGGCGCGUCGGUGUCGUUCGAGGAUGCUCUGCUUGUCAAUCCCGGACAGGGCUUUGUCAUCAAGAUCUAGAUCCGUGUGGCAGCAGCUCCGGAGUUGUACCUUACCUCUUGGGUGCCCCACUAGGUGGCGCUGAAUGCAACCUGAUUUAUGACCAUGAUGAACCAUUGUUCGGAAUAGCAUGAGGGAAGUGCUUUUGUUGAUAUUGCUUUUGUUGCUUUUGCUCUAAGGACCCCGGAGUUGUAUGUUUUGUGGAAUCAGGAUUUUAUUGAGCUUUGCUUUUGUGGUUGGCUGACAGGCUGAAACGUACUGGUAUGCUUUCUCUAUUAGUUUAUAACUUUGGAUAGAAUUAUUUGAAUUUUUAAAGGCAAAGCUUUUAGGGUUAUUAUUUGGAGUGAUUCAAAAGCAAUUUUUAAACUAGCAUUUUUUUGUUUUGACAGUUAGCUAUUUCUGUUUAUUAUGUGCUCACUUAAAAAUGAAUGGACACUCUUUGGAAGCUGGUAAUAAAUCAUUGGUAGUCGGGCAUAAUAAAAAUUAACAAUUUGCAUACACUGUCAAAAUUUAUGCAUGAUGUUUUACUAUACUCAUACUCUUAAAGUAACCUAAUUAAUUUCUUAGUAAUUCUAUGGCAAGUCCAGAUUUACUUACCAAGAGCACAUCAUGAUAAUAAAUGAGCUUUUUGUUGAAGCAACA